CACGGCAGCGGCUGGCACCGGACGCGUCCAGCAGUUGUCUCUGCUGUUAAAUCUCUGUAUGUGAUUUAUUAAAUGAGUGCAGUUGUCACCGUGGGGAUGGAGGAUCCUUACCAGUACCCCGUUUUCUUCGAAUGUGCCAACCUGAGCGCAGAGCAAAGGAAGAAGAUAGAAAACUACUUCCAGAUUCGCCGCAAAUCCGGCGGAGGAGAGUGCGGCUCCGUGACUAACGUGGACGAUAAAGUUUGCUGCGUUUCUUUUAAAGACCCAGAAGCUCAGCAAAGAGUCCUGCAAAGAUGCGAGCAUGUGCUGGAGUUUCCAGGUGGUCCUCUGGUUCUGAGGGUCCGAGGCUCCUCUCACAUCUCAGCUGCCUCCGACCUCGCCGCUUCAUCACAGCAGCAGAAACAGGACUCCACUCUUGCCUCAAACCUGCCACCAAGUGGGGAAGAGUAUGAACUGCAGUGUGAUGGUUACCUCCUUCGUUUCCUGAAGGAAUGUCCGAAGGCUGGGAAAGAACUGGAGAAAAAGCUGGCCUCUGUGGCCUGCUCUGCUCAGCUUUACCCAGAGGAAGGCAGGGUUUUAGUCAGGAGGUCAGCUCAGCCUGGUACUGCACAUGGAGACAGUCACUGGAAAGCUGAGGUAGACAGAGUUUUUGAUGACUACCGGUGCCAUUAUGAGAUGGACCCUCGCAAAGCCAAAGUUUUGCUUCAGUCCUGCAGCUCUGGUCAGACCACAGAUGAGGUGAAAGUGUACAGCGAGGUCGGGAUGGCUGUUGUUGUCGGGACACAUUCUCAGGUGAACGCCAGGUUAGCAGAUGUAGAGGGCUCCAAAGGGAAACACAGAGGAUCGAGUUUCAGCGAGCAGCAAACCACCGUCCGUCGACUAGGUGAGGCCAAACUCCGCCUCCUGUGGAAAGAGAUUCAGGGCAGUUUGGGACAAAAUUUGCCAGAAGUGAAGGUCACACAGGGAGAUGCAGGUCAGCUGGUUUUGACAGGUUCUGUGCAGGAGAUUGUUAAGGCUGGAGAGCUGAUAUGUGAAGAGGAGAACUUGGUGUUACAGAGAACAGUAUCUGACAAGAGCCCACAUUUUUUGGCUUUCCUGAGGAAGGUUCAUGGGGGUCCAGGGGUGCUCCGGGACUUUUUAGGGGUUGGUAACGAGGUAGAAGUAGAGUUGCGAGACACAGAGCUUAAUUUCUUCGCCUUCUCUGAUGCUAAACUGGAUUACGCAGAGAAACAAUUACAAGAAGAGUUCAAGGAUGUCAGGUUUUAUGUUCCUAACUACUCUGUUGUGCCACCAGAGCUUCAGGAAAUGCUUAAGUCCAAGACAAAUGAGAUGAACCAAGGACAGCGUAGGGCUCAGGUUGUGUUCGGCUCAGACAGCGUGGUGUUCUUACUCGGCCACACGAAACAGGUUGAAGAGCUGAGCGAUACUGUCACACAGUUUAUUUUGGACCAGGCAAGCAUAGAAGGAAAAGUCAUUCUUCCUUUCCCAGAGUUAGUACAGCACUUGACAGAAUUGCUUCAGCUGCAUAACUUUGCUCAUUCAGGGGUUACUCUCUAUCCUUUGACAUCUUCCUCUGGGCCCAUAGUGGCACUGGAAGGUCCAGCAAACAAAGUGACUGAGGUCAGGAACAGGCUGGGUCCACUUCUGGACUCCCUUGUUCAGCGCAGAGUCACCAUUGAUCUUCCAGCAGCAGUCAGGUAUUUUGAAAGCCCCUCUGGAAGAGACAGCAUCUUAAGUAUGGCUCAGUCUAAAAAGUGUCUCAUGUGGCUUGAGAGGCAGCCUCAUGCUAGUAGACAGAAUUUAGGAUUUGCAAAAUACAGCCUUCAGGACGGGCUCCAGGUGCUGGUGUGUGAAGGGGACAUCACCAAACAAUACGCCGAUGCCCUGGUGAACGCUGCCAAUGAGGAUCUGGACCACCGUGGAGGCAUCGCUGCUGCACUGAGUAAAGCAGGUGGGUCUCAGGUGCAGAAGGAGAGCAAAGCCAUAGUCAAGCAGAGUGGAAAAAUCUUGACGGGGGAGGUUGUAGUGACCACCGGAGGCAACCUAAAAUGUAAGAAACUCCUCCAUGCCGUUGGGCCUAUAGGUGGAAAAGUAGGUGGCAAAGAGAGGGAGUUACUGGAAAAAACUGUGCAGACGGCUUUGAAUUUAGCAGAAAUGAUGGAGUUCCAGUCCAUAGCUAUUCCUUGUAUCAGCUCAGGUGCGUUCGGUGUUCCUGUCACUGUGUGCUCUGAGGCUAUCGUAACUGCUGUCAGGAAGUUUGGUAGUCAGGGAGGGCGAAGUCUGAGCAAGAUAAUCCUGAUUGAUAACAGAGGAGAGGUGGUGAGGGCCAUGAAGGAAGCAUGUGACAGGCUUCUCCAAGGGGUGAGUAGCAGAAGCAGCACCGCACCGGAUGUGGAGCUCCAGAGGGAUGCUGCUGACCAAGACUCAGCAACAGGAGCCACAGCAGGAGCCACAGCCAGAGCUCGUGGAGGCAGCGUCCAGGUAGAGAUCGUUCAGGGAACCAUCGAGACCCAGCAGGUGGAUGCCGUGGUGUCUCCAAUGGUUGGCCAUAAUCCUCUGUCUACCCGUGUUGGUAACACUUUAUCCGAUAUGGUUGGACCUCAGCUGACUGUAGAGUUUAAUAAGGAAGCAGGAGGAGCAACACUGCCUGGUGGCACAGUCCUGGUGGAGAACUUGCCUGUCCUUAAAUCUAAAGCAGUGUUCUUCCUCAACCAAGUCCACUGGGAUAAAAACCAACAUGGAACUGCAGUCCAGGCACUGAGGCAGGGAAUGAAAAAAAUUCUAGCUUCCUGUGCCAGCAGAGGUUUUCGUUCAGUUGCUCUUCCUGUGCUUGGGACCGGUGUUGCCCUGGGUUUUCCUCACAACAUGGCCGCCAGGGUUCUUCUGGAGGAGGUUGCUGUAUUUGAACAGAACCGAGACGACACCUCACCUUUCCUGGUCCGUUUCGUUACUCUCCCCACAGACAAAGAAUCUAGCAAGGCCUUGGAGUCUGCACAGGAAACUGUGCAUCUCAGAGGAUUCACAAAUAAUGCUAACCCAAGUCAAGCACCCUUCUACAGGCACGUCUCCGUAACCAAUGAUGAGGUCACUGCCACACUGGGCGGAGUCAAGCUUCAGAUGAUCUGUGGUGACAUCAUAAAAGAGGGCACUGAUGUCAUGGUCAACACACUGGACUUCUCCAAAAAACCGUCUGGUGUCUGUGAAGCCAUUCUGAAUGCAGCAGGCCCCGCUGUCCAAGCAGAGUUAGCACAAAAGGGCAUUCCAGAAAACUUCAUGUGCACCACAGGACCCGGGAGGCUUGGCUGCAGGGAAAUCAUCCAUGCUAGCUUUAAGGGCGACCCGCAGAGGAUCCGCAAGAUCUGCAAAAAGAUACUGAAGCAGUGUGAGAAGAAAGGCUGUCAGUCAGUGGCCUUUCCAGCCAUCAAUACUGGAGCGGCUGGUAUGGAUCCUAGUAAAGCCUGUAAAGCCAUGCUGGACGGCAUGUCCUCAGCUAUUCACAACUUGGAACCAAUGUCUCUCUCACUCAUCCGCAUUGUCAUCCUGAAGCUGCCAGUCUUCCAGGCCUUCAGAUCAGAGCUGCAGAGUCACAUUGGACAAGACGCCCCAGGCCGUGGCAGCCUGAUAGAAAGAGCUAAGCGAAGGCUCAAGAAGUGGCACGACAAGAAGUCAAGAACCUCUGCAACCUCUGCAGCGCUGCAUGGUUCAUCCCUCACCUUUUCAAAGCCCCAGCCAGCUGUGAUAAAUAUAAUUAGCUGUGGCCCAGACAUCAUCGAUACCAUCAAAAGAGAUUUGGAGGGGCUCCUGCAGAGGCAGCUGGUAGAGAGAGACGUGCAAGUGCAGCAUUUGUUCAGGCUUGAUGCCAUGGAGCUGGACGCAGUGCAGGCAAAAGUCAAAGUCUUAGGAAUGAGCCUGGAGCCCAGGCUGAAUGACAGCAGAGCUGGAAAUGCAGCCAGAUCUCAAGCGGGGGGUCGGUCAGGACAAGAGGUCUACGUGCUGAAAGGCCUAAAUGAAGACGUUUUGAGUGUAAUUGACCUGAUAAAUGGCGUAAUCCAAAGAGUGCUUUAUGAAGACCUCCAAGAGAAAGAAGAAGCAAUGUUGGCUCUCACUGUCCAGUGGUCAAUUAAGGAUGGAAAUGGACACUGGCAGGAGCUGAACCUCCAUGAGAACUAUGUGUUGGAGGAGGCUCGCAUAGGGAAACAAGUGUUUGCUGAGAUUGCGACACCAGACGGCAUAAAGGUGAAAGUAAACCUGACGACAAAAGAAGCCACCGACUGUCUGACAGGUAUCACGUACAGCAUGAACAGGAGCCAGUCUGAUGCAGCCUUGCAGCUGCCAGCACACUGGGAACCUAUGCAGGAAGAAGUCUUUAAAAAGGUCGAGCUGCAGGCUAACUCAGCGGAAUACCAGGAUGUAGCCCAGUGUUUCUUCCGAACGGCCAAAUACAACAUCAGCAAAAUUGAGCGUGUGCAGAACCUCUACCUGUGGCAUGCCUACAGUGUGUGUAGGCAGCGUAUACUUACCAAGAACAGUGCGGCAGAGCUCGGUGAGAAGUCUCUCUACCAUGGCACGUCAGCAGAGUCGUGCACCUGCAUUGAGAGGGACAGAUUUGACAGGAGCUUUGCAGGAGCUCAUGCUGCCAUGUACGGUAAGGGAGUUUACUUCGCUGUGGAAGCCAACUAUUCGGCCGGUAGGUUUUCUCCAGCAGACACCUCGGGCCUGAGGCGUCUGUAUGUGGCUCGUGUCCUGACCGGCCGUUACACAGUCGGUACUUCCGCCAUGAAAGCCACCCCUCCUCGAGGCUCGGACCCCACCAACUGCUUCGACAGUUUGGUGGACAACCAGCAGCAGCCCUCCAUGUUCGUGAUCUUCCACGAUGACCAGGCCUACCCAGAAUACCUCAUCACCUUCAGCUGAGGAAGCUCAGUGCUGCACGGUUGGCGUUACAAGGAUCCUUUUUACACCCUACACAUAUAGUGAUCAGUUAGCCUUAGGUUUCUAUUUUGAGUUAAAGCUGCAACUGUUUUUCGUGAUCUUACCUUGACGAGUGUUCAUUUCUCAGCAACAGAGAGGCACUUUGUAGCAGGGCUGCACAAUUACGUGACUAUUCAUUUUGAUGAUCGUGGUCAACGUUUAUGAUGCAUGCUGUCCUCAGGGAAAACGCUGCUGCAUAUCAACAACAACAGAAGCACUUCCGAGGGAGUGAUUGUGAUGCUUUGGCUCUACUUUUUUGCAGCCUGUGCAUAAAUUUCCAGGAGUUUUUGCCCAUAGUCCAGAGUAGCAGAGCAACAGACGAAGAGAUCCUCCAAAUGGAUCUUCAUAUGUUGCUUGCAAGUAUUUCAGAUUUCGAGGAAUGAUGUCAAGUAAUGACGACUAACUUAGAAAGCCUGACUUCACUGAAAGCUCGCCUGGAGGAGCCCCGGCCCCUUUACCUCACCGAGUCCUCAUCCAGCUCAGAUAUCCAUAACAGUGGUGCCUUAUGUUGUGUUACUGUAUUGCACAAGCCAAAAUGGAAGCACUGUAUUGUUUCUGCAUGCAGUAUAGUUAGUUCUUUUUGCUGCUUAAUACAAAACAAAAUGUUUCUCCUACUCCAUAGCUACAAGAGAAGUCUGUCUGCUGGAACAUGGUUUACUUGUAUUUAAGGGUUCUUGGAUAAACUGAGUUUUUGUUUAGGUUUUUUUCUUCUUCUUCUUCUUUUUUAAUGCAUCGGGCUGCACAUAGGCAUAGUGAAGGGGGCAAGGAGCAGGAGACGAACACGGAAAAGGAGAAUUUUUUUUGUAAAAGAAAAAGUCGUAAGGCUGCACUAUUUGGUGAAUAUUUAUCUUGAUCAGAAUUUUGACUUCACCGAUGAGUGAGGAGUUUUCAGUACAGUUUUUUUUUCUAUUUUGCCUCCAGGAGAUGCGCUGAAUUCUAAUUUGUUCGACCAUUUUUGAUGUGCUUUGCAGAUACUCGCCUACAAAACACCAUUACAUUAGCAGCAAUCCAGCACAUGGACAUGUAAAAGUGCAAUGAAAAUAUGUUGCUUCUAAAAUCCAUUAAUAAUUGUAAUAAAUAAGAAUGACUUACAUUUUUAUCAAAAUAAAUGUGAUAAUCACUUUGACCAUGAACCUGCAGCCCUGCUCUAUACUGGACAAAAACAAGUCGAUGUGUGAAAAGGACGUCCUCUCAGCUGAACAUGUGUGGCACUCUGGUGUUCAGCGGACUUUCAGCAAAGCAUGGAGUGAAUUGGAACAUGAAGCAAUGUUAGAAGGAUGAAGUUUGCCACAGAAGCUCCUUGAAAUUACACUUUACUUGUUUGGAAGUCCUGUUUUUUUUAUUUUAUUUUUCUGAUUUCCACACAUCUUGUGAUGAAAAUGAAAUUCUAUUUUAUCUUCUAAAUGUAAAGUUGGUGUAAUGUGAGUCUGUUUCAGCUGUAUGCAACAACUCUGACUAAAGACUGCUCUCUGUGGCUCCCAUCACUUCCUUCAUUGGAAAUUUCAACUAAAAUUAUUGAGAUAUUUGGCACAGCAGCUCAUUUUAUUUAUACAUCAGCCAUUUAAUUACCAAACUUUGAAAUGAUUACAUGAAGUAUUAACUAUAGAGCUGGUGCACAAAUAUCAACACUGCAUGCAAAAGCAGGACAUGCCUCAGUUAUGCUUUUGUCUGCAUUAACCAAAGAAAAGAGUUAAACCAGCUGUCCUAUGGGAAUUCAUUUCUUAAAAGUGGUCACACUUUGCCAAUAAUUUUUUAAGCUCUCUCCCUAAGUGAAUCGAUUUCUUAAAGAAAACCAAAACACAGGAUCAACAGGAGUGUUUGUGUUUUUGUAACGGUGCCAUAAAUGUUCAUGAUAAAUGACUUUAAAAAGUAAUUCAAGGAACCUGUUCUACUUCAAUAAAUGCAUAGUUACAAGCUAAAA